AUUAUCGUUUGGUGUUCUACCUGUUGGGAGGGACUGGUUGAUGGGGAGAAGAAAAGCAAGAGUGUAACAGAGGAGGAGGAGGAGGAGCGGAGAGAGAGAGAGAAGGGGGGUUUGGUCCGUUUGGAAGGAGAGGUCGUGGAUCAGUUACACAGAGUGAGUCCACCUUUACGGUUGCUUUUUUCUCAUUUUUCCCACAACAAAGUAGGAAAUAACAAACACCCAGGAAAUAUUCAAAGUGACGCGAGAAAAUGUCAUUCAACGGCAACUGGAUUCCAUCCAACGCUCAUUUCCUUUCGCCCGUCGCUCAAGUCCAUCGCCAAUAUCUCCAUCAUCAACAGGAGCAGGGAACUCUUCACAUUCCUCGACCUGUUCUCACUGUCGUCCAAAUGCCUGAGGAACAAAAUAGCUUGGAUAGUAUCAAUUUACCGCCUACACCACCUUCGUCAUCGCCUAGCAAUGAGCUGACAAUGUCCGUCUCAGGCAGCUACAUUUACGACCGAUGCGGCACGCCGACGAGAUUCACCUUAUUGGGAGAGUCGGGAGCUAUCACCCGGAAAAACCGAACUACGCCCACCACUUGUCAACUGUCUCUCACGUUUUGUACUCUGGCGCUUUUGGCUUUGGUGGGCAUGAUUGUCUACAUGGAAGUGUACAUGAAUGAACGCCGAGUCUAAAGCUAAUGUUUACCUCAAUGUCGGAGAGCGUCUGCGUCCAUCUAUAAUUGGGAAGAUCACACCCAUUGCCAGCAUUGGGUUUGAGCUUGCCAGCAUCCUGUGGAUCUUCUUCCUCUUCAUCCUUUUUCGUGGCGUCGACGUCCUUUGUGGCUGCUUUAGCCACCACCUUCGAUGAUUCCUUUUGUUGUUGCAUCAUCUCGGCGGCUUCUUCAUCCGUCAAUUCUUUGAUUUUCGGCUCGAGAGCUUCCCGUUUUUCCUGCUCUUUUUCUCUGCGUUCCUUGAUUUUUCUUUCACGUUCCUCGACUUCGGCUCGUUUCUUGGCUGUUUCCUGGUCUGCUUUGACUCUAUAUUUGUUGAACUUCUCCAUCAGCAGCUGAAGCAACAAGAAAGUGAUCAUCAGUUCUCGUACAAAAAGAAAAGAAAACGUUUUAAAUCCCGCAAGAGACCAAAUCAUGCUAUGUCAGAAUAAAUCAUGCUAUUAAUAUUUAUUGCCUGUGUUUUGCUGCUUUCAGACAUACUUGUAUGACAUGUUUUCAUGAAUUCUGUCUCUCGGUUUCUCUUUAGAGUUGUUCCCAUCAAAAUACAUGUUUGGCCUAUUGGGGCAGCAUCAGUCA